CAUUAAAGGUAAUACAUUUUUGGGUUAUUUUUUAACAUAUCUUUUUUAAGAGAGUUGGUCCUCGCACCCUUCUGUGCCAGGCCAUUAUCCUCAAGAGCCGCUGACUCCCAAGUGCAGAUUACAGCCUUGGUAAUAUAUUACCAGAUGAACUCUCUGAAAUGGCCAUAAGCUAAGCCAAGUUGCAUUCAGCCGUAAAGUUUGUUUUUAUUCAAACUUCAGCAGUUUUCUAGKUCUGUUGAGGUAGUGACAUCAAUUUGUGACAUCAUGCAAAUUGAUGUCACAAAGAGUGAUGCACUGAUGUCACAAGGCUGCAGUCUUAAAUUCUACGGUCAUUGCCACUGCAGAAGUCACACAGCAAGCAGAAGAAUCGUCAACCUAACAAGUGUUUGGAUUUAUCUACACAUACAGGAUACAAAAUGAGUCAACUCAGUAUAGUGUCGUUUCUAGCACAGAAGUUCUUUGACAUGUUAAAAAAAGUCAGCAUGUUGUCUACUAACAGACAGACUCUGACUACAGAAAAUGAGGAGAACAUGAAUAUGAUUCAAAUUAGGAAUAUAGAGCUAGAGAAGGAGAAGACCGCUCUGGAGAAGAAAAGCGCCAUCUUGGAGCAGAUUAACACUGCCCUGGAGCAGGAAAACACUGCUCUAGAGAAGGAAAAGACCGAUCUAGAGCAGAGUAGCACAGUUUUGGAGCAGAAAAUCACUGCCCUAGAGAAGGAAAAGACCGAUCUGGAGCAGAGAAGCAAAGUUUUGGAGCAGAUAAACACUGCCCUGGAGCAGGAAAACACUGCCCUGGUGCAGGAAAACACUGCCCUAGAGGAGGAAAAGACCGAUCUGCAGCAGAGAAGCACAGCUUUGGAGCAGAUAAAAACUGCCCUGGAGCAGGUAAACACUGCCCUGGAGCAGGAAAACGCWGUCGUGGAGCAGGAAAACACUGCCCUAGAGAAGGAAAAGACCUAUCUGGAGGAGAAAAGCAUAGUUUUGGAGCAAAUAUACACUGCCCUCGAUCAGGAAAACACUGCCCUAGAGAAGGAAAGGACAGAUCUGGUGCAGAGAAACAAAGUUUUGGAGCAGAUAAACACUGCCCUGGAGCAGGUAAACACUGCCCUGGAGCAGGAAAACACUGCCUUAGAGGAGGAAAAGGCUGAUCUGCAGCAGAGAAGCACAGUUUUGGAGCAGAUAAAAACUGCCCUGGAGCAGGUAAACACUGCCCUAGAGCAGGAAAACACUGCCCUAGAGGAGGAAAAGACCGAUCUGCAACAGAGAAGCACAGUUUUGGAGCAGAUAAAAACUGCCCUGGAGCAGGUAAACACUGCCCUGGAGCAGGAAAACACUGCCCUGGAGCAGGAAAACACUGCCCUAGAGAAGGAAAAGACAGAACUGGAGGAGAAAUGCAUCGUUUUGGAGCAGAUAUACACUGUCCUGGAUCAGAAAAACACUGCCAUAGAGAAGGAAAAGAUAGAUCUGGAGCAGAGAAGCAAAGUUUUGGAGCAGAUAAACACUGCCCUGGAGGAAGAAAACACUGCCCUAGAGGAGGAAAAGACCGAUCUGCAACAGAGAAGCACAGUUUUGGAACAGAUAAAAACUGCCCUGGAGCAGGUAAACACCGCCCUGGAUCAGGAAAACACUGCCCUAGAAAAGGAAAAGACUGAUCUGCAUCAGAAAAUUACCGUUUUGGAGCAGAUAAACACUGCCCUGGAGCAGGAAAACACUGCGCUAAAAAAGGAAAAGACCGGUCUGGAGCAGAAAAGCAUAAUUUUGGAGCAGAUAAACACUGCCAUUGAGCAGGAAAAUACUGCACUAGAGAAGGAAAUGAACAAUCUGCAGCAGAGAAGCACAGUUUUGGAGCAGAUAAACACUGCCCUGGAGCACGACAACACUGCCCUUGAGCAGGAGAACACUGCCCUGAAGCUUGAAGUGGAACAGUUGAAGAAAAGGCUGAGGGACACAGAGAGGCAGCAGAAAUAGCAGCCAGAUUUAAARGUAAGUCUUGUCUAGCCAUCACAAAGACAGCCAGUCUGUUUCAGACUAGCCACAGUUACCUGUAUUCAGACGUGUGGUCGGAGACUUCUCCACUACACUUUUGAAAACACAAUAUGCACUACACUUCUCCAGGGCUACAUAGSRAGUCCUGUCAGUCUCCUGCCCGACCUCCAGGGCUUCAUAGUAACUCCAUGGAGUUUGCAUGUUCUCCCCAUGCAUGUGUGGGUUCUCUCCGGGUACUCCGGCUUUCUCCCAAAGUCCAAAAGCAUGACUGUUAAGCACCUGGCGAUCCUACCCAUGGAUCACUAAUCACAUCACUAAUCAUGUGUUUUGCGGCUGUUUCAGACCAGCCACAGCCACAGAAGCAGCAACCUGUAUUCAGACGUGUGGUCGGAGACUUCUCCACUACACUUUUGAAAACGC